GCGGUCACGGGGCCGCAGAGUGCCUGCUCCCCUUGCCUGAGCGCCGCGCUAUUUAGCGCGCACAGCGGGAGCUGCCGCGAGUGCUCGGGUCCGGGGCCCCUGCUGCCCCGCGCGCUCCCCGUUGCCCCCCAUGAACGCAGACCCGCGCGGGCCGGGUCGGUAGGCGGUGGGGCGCCCCCCAUGCUGCUGCAGCCCGCACCGUGCGCCCCGAGCGCAGGCUUCCAGCGGCCCCCGGCCGCCCCCGGCGCCAUGCACGGCUCGCACAAGGACACCACGUUCACCAAAAUUUUCGUGGGCGGCCUGCCUUACCACACCACCGACGCCUCGCUCAGGAAGUACUUCGAGGGCUUCGGGGACAUCGAGGAGGCCGUGGUCAUCACCGACCGCCAGACGGGCAAGUCCCGCGGAUACGGCUUCGUGACUAUGGUCGACAGGGUGGCAGCUGAGAGGGCUUGCAAAGACCCGAACCCCAACAUCGACGGCCGCAAGGCCAAUGUGAACCUGGCAUAUCUGGGCGCCAAGCCCCGCAGCCUGCAGACUGGCUUUGCUAUCGGCGUGCAGCAGUUGCACCCCACGUUAAUCCAGCGGACUUACGGGCUGACUCCCCACUACAUCUACCCGCAAGCCAUCGUCCAGCCCAGUGUGGUGAUCCCAGCCGCCCCUGUCCCAUCCUUGUCCUCGCCCUACAUUGAGUACACGCCGGCCAGCCCUGCCUACGCCCAGUACCCGCCAGCCACCUACGACCAGUAUCCAUAUGCAGCCUCGCCUGCCGCCACAGCCGCCAGUUUCGUGGGCUACGGCUACCCAGCCACCAUGCCUCAGGCCCUCUCUGCCGCCACCCCCGCGGCCACCACCUUUGUGCAGUACCAGGCUCCGCAGCUGCAGCCUGACAGGAUGCAGUGAUGGUCCAGCCUUGGGACUGCAGCCAUGUGGCCCACACAUCAGGCUGGCCUUUGGGUGCAGGCAGGCCUGCGUCUCUGGGAACCCCAAGGGGAGCCAGCCUGCACCCUUGUAGGGCCCAGACAUCUUCCUUUUUCUAACCAGAGCCUGUCAUGUCUGGAGGGAGAAUGUCGAGACAGGAUGACAAGCUUUUUGCAGACCCCUCCAACAUACCACCAGCCCCCCUCACACACACACACACCCACUGUUCAUGCCCCUUCAGCAGCCAGGUGGAGUUAUCCAAGACCCUCUGCAGACCUCAGUCUUCCUUGGACCCCACUGCAGUGCGGUCCCACCCAGAGGUGCCUUACUUCAGGGAAACGGGAGAACCUCUUUGCAGCCUGGGAACCCAAGUCAGCAGGUGUGGGGACACUGCCUUUUGAGCGCUCUCUGAUGACAGCAGGCUGUGUCCUCCGGCCUAGCCAACAUCCUAGUGUCCAGAGGGCCACCAGAUACCUCCCUUUUCUUCCUGGAAGCACUGCAGCCUUUUUUCUUACCAUUGUUUUGCUACUACGAAGAUGAUACAGAAUUUCAGUCUAUUUUUUCAGUGGAGACUCCCGCACCAAGAAUUCCAUACCUGUUCCCAUCCCCCUCAUUUGUUGAUGGCUCCACCCAAAGAGAUGGUGACAGUUUAUAUGGGACAAGUAUUCCCUGGCUCCACAGGGUGGGCCUCCCAGAUAGGUGGGUCUUCCCCAUAACAGUGGGCUUAGAUGCCAGCACCCCCUUGUCUGAAAGAGACCCCUGAGGUGGGGGUGCUGGCAUGCAGGGUAGCACAGCACCCAUUUCCUUCUCUGUUGUUGUUGUCUGCUGUGACCACCCCCACCCUCCAUACAUACACACAAGCUAUAAGGCCAGUGAGAUAGCCCUGCCUUCCUCAGGGGCUUGGGUCAGAGGUGGAGGCCAGUGUCUGGUGGGCAGGAGGGUCUGGAGGUGAAGGGGGCAGGCAGAAGGAUUUUGGGGAGGCAGGCCGGAAGACUGGGAGCUGGGGAGUUUUUCUUCAGACCUACCUCAGGGAAGCGGGAGGUCUCAGGGCUGACCAGCCGGCAAGUACCUUGUUGUGACUUGCUUGUCUGGUACUGUUGAGGCCCAGAAAAUAAAGGUAGCUAAUAUUAUAAUAAUAUUUUUAUUAGAAUGUUCUGAGUAUAAAAAAUAAAACUUGUUUUCUUUAAGGAAA